AGAAAAUUCAAAAGGGCGUCCAAGUUCGGUUCAUGUAAGAACCAGUGGGUCCCACUAGUUUCUAAAUCUAAAACAAGAAGUAUAAUUCUCGAAAACCUUCUUCUAAAACCAACGGCUCCGGCCUUUACUUACACCUAUACAUAUACACUUUCCUCCUUCAUUUCUCCAACGGCGGCUUAAGCCUUAAGGGCAGUCUCCGCCGCUUAUCAGCUCAAAAUUCACGAUUCGAAUAUACAACUCCGGCUUAUACAUAUAUAUAUAUACAUACACUUGCACGUUUUUAUAUAGGUUUCAGAUUUGUCGCUAUCUCACUUCUCUUUUUAAGAUUCUUUUGUCUUCUGGAUUUGUUCUCUCUCUCUCUCUCUCUCUCUCUCUCUCUCUCUCGUCUUUUUCUUUUUCCGGUCUCGUCGUUUUCCUUUUAUCGGAAUGCCGCCGAGAAAUAGAAGUUUUUCCGCACGACGCUGCGUUAGAGUCUCACAAGCUCGAUGAGAUCUGAGAACGGAAGACAGUUUGAUCCAGAAAUCAUCUCUUUCAGAGAUUAAACAUUUCUUCACGAAGAUGGUGAGAGAAACAGCUUCUUUGUUAUUGAUACUGUUUUCGAUACUGAUCUGGGUUUCUCCGGCGACGGCUGGAAACGGCGGGUGUAAUUGCGAAGACGAAGGAGGGAGUUUCUGGAGCACAGAGAACAUCUUAGAGACGCAGAGAGUAAGCGAUUUCUUAAUCGCAGUCGCGUAUUUCUCGAUCCCGAUCGAAUUACUCUACUUCGUGAGCUGCUCCAACGUCCCAUUCAAAUGGGUACUCUUCGAAUUCAUCGCCUUCAUUGUUCUCUGCGGCAUGACUCAUCUCCUCCAUGGAUGGACUUACGGUGCUCACCCUUUCAAGCUGAUGAUGGCCUUGACCGUUUUCAAGAUGUUGACCGCUCUAGUCUCUUGCGCCACCGCGAUUACGCUCAUCACUCUGAUUCCUCUGCUUUUGAAAGUUAAAGUUAGAGAAUUUAUGCUCAAGAAGAAAGCCCACGAGCUUGGACGUGAAGUUGGACUCAUCAUGAUUCAGAAAGAGACUGGCUUUCAUGUUCGUAUGCUUACUCAGGAGAUUCGUAAGUCGUUGGAUCGCCACACGAUUCUUUACACUACUUUGGUCGAGCUUUCGAAGACGUUGGGGUUGCAGAAUUGCGCGGUUUGGAUGGAGAACGACGGUAAAACAGAGAUGAAUCUGACUCACGAGCUUAGGGGGAGAAACGGUUAUAGUUACUCUGUUCCCAUGGAUGAUUUGGAUGUUGUGAAGGUUAGAGAAAGCGAUGAAGUGAAUGUGUUGAGUGUAGACUCGUUGAUUGCUCGAGCUAGUGGUGGGGAUGUUAGUGAGAUCGGACCAGUGGCUGCGAUUCGAAUGCCGAUGCUUCGUGUUUCGGAUUUCAAAGGAGGCACUCCUGAGUUGAUUCAGAAGUGUUACGCGGUGCUCGUCUGCGUGUUACCGAGCGGGCAGCCUCGGGACUGGACUUAUCAGGAGAUUGAGAUUGUCAAAGUUGUGGCGGACCAAGUUGCGGUGGCGUUGUCUCACGCGGCGGUUCUUGAGGAGUCUCAGAUGAUGAGGGAGAAGCUCGCGGAGCAGAACAGGGCGUUGCAGAUGGCGAAGAGGGACGCGUUGAGGGCGAGCCAAGCGAGGAAUGUGUUGCAGAAGGCCAUGAGCGAAGGCAUGAGGCGUCCGAUGCACUCGAUACUCGGUCUCUUGUCGAUGAUUCAGGACGAGAAGCUGAGUAACGAGCAGAGGAUGGUUGUUGAUACGAUGGUGAAGACGGGGAACGUUAUGUCGAAUUUGGUCGGGGACGCGAUGGAUGUAUCGGACGGUAGGUUCGUGACGGAGAUGAAACCGUUUAGUCUUCACCGUACGAUCCGUGAAGCAGCUUGCUUGUCGAGGUGUUUGUGUCUUUACAACGGGUUUAGGUUUUCGGUUGAUGCGGAGAAGUCUCUGCCGGAAAAUGUGGUAGGCGACGAGAGGAGAGUGUUUCAGGUGAUACUUCACAUGGUUGGUAGUUUAGUGAAGCCAAGAAAACGUCAAGAAGGAGGAUCUUCGUCGUCGGUGAUGUUUAGGGUUUUGAAAGAGAGAGGAAGCUUGGAUAGGAGUGAUCAGAGAUGGGCUGCUUGGAGAUCACCGGCUUCUUCAGCAGAUGGAGAUGUGUACAUAAGAUUCGAAAUGAGUGUCGAGACUGAUGAUUCGAGUUCUCAAUCAUUUGCCUCUGUUUCAUCAAGAGAUCAUCAAGAAGUUGGUGAUAUGAGAUUCUCCGGAUAUGGGUUAGGACAAGAUCUUAGCUUUGGUGUUUGUAAGAAAGUGGUGCAGUUGAUUCAAGGGAAUAUCUCGGUGGUUCCUGGCUCGGACGGUUCACCGGAGACCAUGUCAUUGCUGCUCAGGUUUAGACGCCGGCCUUCCGUUUCAGUCCAUGGAUCAGGCGAGUCUCCAGCGCCGGACCACCACCAUCACCCUCAUUCGAAUUCUCUGUUACGUGGCUUGCAAGUUUUAUUAGUAGACACCAACGAUUCGAACCGGGCGGUCACGCGUAAGCUCUUGGAGAAACUCGGAUGUAGUGUAACCGCGGUAUCAUCCGGAUUCGAUUGCCUAACCGCCGUUGCUCCUAGCUCGUCCUCGUCUUCCUCGUCGUUUCAAGUUGUGGUUCUUGAUCUACAAAUGGCGGAGAUGGACGGCUAUGAAGUGGCCAUGAGGAUCAGGAGCCGGUCUUGGCCGUUGAUUGUGGCAAUGACUGUGAGCUUGGACGCAGAGAUGUGGGACAAGUGUAUGCAGAUUGGAAUCGAUGGUGUUGUGAGAAAGCCUGUCGUGUUGAGAGCUAUGGAGAGUGAGCUUCGGAGAGUGUUGUUGCAAGCUGACCAACUUCUCUAAGUUGAUCUCAACUUCUCUCAUCUCCAUUCAAAUUUUUACAACAAUGUUUUUACACCAUAGAUUAUAUCAGAAAAUCCAAAUUGUUAUUAUAUAUACCAUCCAUAUUUGUAUGAUUUGUUGUGCCUUUUUGUUCUUUUCCUCAUUUGGACCCCACGAAAUUGCAUGAAUCUUUUUUAACAAAAAAAAAGAAAAGAAAUUGCAUGAAUCUCUUUGGACA